AUGUCGUCGCGGCGAACGGUGCUGAGCAAGCACCUGAAGGAGCGCCAUGUCAACAUGAUAUCCUUCAGCGCCUGCAUAGGCUUUGGACUGUUCCUCAACACAGGAAAGGUCAUCUAUCUGGCUGGACCGGGAAUGGCCUUGGUCGCGGUGGUCCUUGGAUGCUCGAUGAUGUGGAGUGUAAUCGCCUGCUUGGGAGAGAUGACCGCCUUGUUCCCGGUUCCUGGUCCGCUGUUCGAAUUUCCGGGGAGGUUUAUAGAUGAAGCAGUCGGAUAUGCCACGGGCUGGAUGACCUGGAGCGCGUGGAUUGUCAUUUUGGCAGCCGAAAUUCAGGCUGUGGCUCAACUAUGGAGAUUUCGAUUCGAUCCCGAAUAUUUACGAUCCGUGGGUUAUCCAGACGAGCAACUGGGAUGGAGUACAGAACACUACAGCCCGGCCGUUUGGGUGUUCUUGUUUUUGAUCAUCGUGCUGCUCAUCAACCUACUUCCAGUCCGACAAUACGGCCAGCUGGAGUAUAUUUUCGGCGUCAUUAAGUUAACGUUCAUCUCAUUCCUGAUCGUCUUCAACAUCGUCUUAUCUGCCAUGCAGAGAGUAAAACACUCGAACCAUUUCUGGACAUGGAACGCGCCGUGGGGAUUUGCUUCUGAGGGCAUGGUGAUACAUCCCACAUCGUCGAAUCCAACAAACCCAGAUGCCAUGGUCAAGGGGGAUCUGGGCCACUUCCUGGGUCUUUGGACAGCAAUUACUACCUGUGUAUUUUCGUUCGUCGGUUUUGAAGCUAUCGCUGUGACAGCACCUGAGAACAAGGAUCUUGAAAAAUAUGAGACAAUCAAGAUUGCGACGAAGAAGCUUUCCAUGCGGAUAUCGAUCCUCUACAUUCUGGGCACAUUUGUUGGCGGCCUCAACGUUCCAUAUGACGAUCCGAAUCUCAUCAAUAUCCAGAUCAACGCCGUCCGCGCAGGACAGAAUAGUGUAUUUGUUCUUGCAGCUGUCAGGAAUCACCUCCGAGGUUUCCCAUCCGUUUUCAAUGGCUUCUUUAUCUUUGCAGCCACCACUUCUGGCAUCAAUGCGCUCUACACUUCCAGUCGGCUCCUGCACGCGCUUGCAAGUAUCCCAGAAGCUUGGCCGUUAUGGUUCCAAAAUUACAGAAGGCGGCUCGAAAGAGUGAGCGAUGCCGGUGUUCCACUCGGCACCGUGUGUGUUUCCUGGUGCUUCGGAUUGAUGGCUUUCUUAGCGAUCAAACCAUUCCCUUCGGUCAUUCUUGGGCGAAUGACCAACAAUGCAGUCAUUGCGGAGCUGAUUUGCUACACCAUGAUCUGUCUCGCCUAUACCCAGUUCUAUCACAAGAUCAAGAUGGCUGCCAAUGACCAUACCCUCGAAAACCGUAGCGCGUUCAACCGAGACGACAAGCAGUAUCCCUAUCGGACUCACGGGCAGCUCUUCCGUGCCUGGUACGGAUUUGGCUUCUGCUCCCUGCUCAUUAUUUUCAACAACUGGAGGGCAUUUGUGCCGCCUUUCUCCACGCCCGACUUUGUUGCGUCAUACGUUGGGGUUUUCGUCUUCCUUGCUAUCAUCGCAGCGUACCAUGUGCGAUCUGACGGCUGGAAUCCACUCAAGUGGCGGCGUAGUGCGUCUAUGCAAAUCCACCGGCCACCACCCAAGGUCGUGGUUCCGGGGCGCAGACGCGGCCAUUUGGAAACCCCGAACCCGAAGAUGCCGUUUUGGCAGGAAGAUAAUGCAAAGGCGCUUGUCGCUUUCAUCUGGGGCUGGCUCAAAUGA